AUGUCUAGCGCUGCGCAUGAUCCACGCCUUCUUUACAGCGUGAACAAUAUCCGCGCUUUCCACAUUCAAGAUGGCGAAGAACAGGAACUCACUCCAUCCGGCCCUCAGACGCUCUCCUUGCUGAUGGUACCAACGGCAACUUCAGCCCCUACGCCACCGUAUGCUGCAGGCGCCGUUACGGAGAUGCCAGAGGAGGACUUUUACCUUCACCUUUGCCUUCCUCCUGAAUUGGAUCUUGCCCUCCCGGCUACCACACAGAUCUUCCACCAACCGCCGGACAGUUACUUGAUUCCCCGCUGGGAUAUGGCACCCGAUGUUGGUGCCUUUAUUCGGAUCCAAUUUCCCGGCGUCGGCUCGGAACCCGGCAAGGUGACUCAAGACGAUAUCGAUACCUUCGAAACAAUCCUUGCGCAAUGUACCGCAUUCCAUGACCGUGCGGUCUCGAGCGGAAAGUCGGAUGCCUACGCCGCUUACAACCCCGCUGACUAUGCACCCGGCGAGGGUUAUAUCUCGUCACCUGGCGACAAUAAGGCCGACCUGCAUGGGAAGAUUGUGCUUAUUGACGAGGAGGAUGGCAGCGUGGUCGGAGAAUUGGGAGAAGGAUACAAUGUGGUGGAGGACGCGGACGUGAAGCCUGGGUCUAAACGCCCCGUUGGCAUUGAACUCCCCACCGAAGCCGAGGGCAACCGAGUCAGUGUCAGCAAUGUUUCCGAAGAAUAUCUGGCCAUGUCCCGCCACCCGGCAUAUCAAAACUCCACAAUUGUUCAGACCUCGGCGACAGCAUCUCGUUUGAUUGUUGCGACGUCGACCUCUCUGGCCAAUUAUCUCACCAGCGGAGCGGAGGGCUUCACCAAGAAAACGAAGCCCAACCCCAAGCCGCUGACCUUCUCCGAUGCCACGCACGCGCGCAUCCGCAAGAUUGGAACCUACUCCCACGGUGCCGCCAAUCUUUCUUCGCGCACCAUUGGACAGGUGGAAAAGGUUGCGCAAAACAUCGGUGCGUCUUUGGCGCGCAAAGAGGGCAAGCAAAAGAGUUUCAAUAAGAACAACCCACCGCCUGGCUACAAGCCGGGCGUGCUGAACAAGUCGAUGAUUGCAUUUUCGACUCUCGCCGACGGUAUCCAGGAGGGCGCCAAAAACAUACUCUUGACAGGCUCCCAAGCAGCCAGCACGGUGGUCGGUCACCGCUACGGCGACCAAGCCGGCACUGUCGCGAACAACCUGACAGGUGGAAUCAAGAAUGUCGGACUGGUAUACAUUGAUGCCACGGGAGUGAGUCGACGUGCUCUUCUCAAGUCUGUCGCGAAGGGCAUGGUCGUGGGCAAAAUGCGCGACGGCCAACAGGUGGUGGUUGGCGGCGGCGACGGUGGCCAGAUUCCGGGGGUGCAGCCCGAGGCCGGCCCUUCUGGCCUGGGUCCGCGGGAUCCAGUUGCCCGGGGUCCAUCGCCGAACCCCACCCCGCCUCCUGCAUACGAUGCAUCAGGGACGAUGUCACUGGGUGGUGCGCCUAUGUCAGGGGGUAAGCGCUAG